AUCUUCCAUCGUCUCCGUCCUAUAUUUCUCACACGAGAGGAUAGCCAAAGCUCCCUCUCUCCAUCCGUUAUUUAUACCACUACCCAUUUCGGAUGUAAAACCAUCUCCUCACACACCCCUCCCUCUCUCUCUCUCUCUCUCUCUCUCUCUCUCUCUCUUUCUCUCUCCAAUUGCACUUAAUAAAAACUCAUAAUAUCAUUGCCCAUUGAAUCAACAGUAGAUUGGUAGAAACGGAGAGAGAGGAAAAGGGGGUGUGUCUUUCGCCCUCUUCUCUUGUUAUGCCUCCUCUCAGAUCUUAGAUUCUCUUCUUUUAUCUACUGGGCCUUCUUCGAUUGGAACCCGAGAUGGUUGGUAUGUGGAUUUUCAGUCUGCGUGAGAUCCCGAUGUUCUUUGAUUGAAUCUAAUAAUGCCCAUUUUGUAACUAAUCAAAAUUCUCCAAGUUUCUGGAAAAUUGUUUGAUAAGUGUGCAGAAUGGAAAUGGAGCUUGGAGGAAAACUAUUCAUAGGUGGGAUUUCUUGGGACACAAAUGAAGAUGGGCUGAGAGAGUAUUUCCACACUUUUGGAGAAGUAGUGGAAGCUGUGAUAAUGAAGGAUCGGAACACUGGACGUGCCCGUGGUUUUGGUUUUGUUGUUUUUGCUGAUCCCACCAUCGCCGAAAGAGUCGUUAAGGAAAAGCACAUAAUAGAUGGUAGAAUUGUUGAGGCAAAGAAAGCUGUUCCUAGGGAUGAUCAGCACAUUCUGAACAGAAACAAUGGCUGCACUCAGGGGUCCCCAGGUCCUAUCCGUACAAAAAAGAUUUUUGUAGGAGGUUUAGCAUCCACAGUCACAGAGAGUGACUUUAAGAAAUACUUCGAUCAAUUUGGGACAAUCACAGAUGUCGUGGUGAUGUAUGACCAUAACACCCAAAGGCCUAGAGGGUUUGGAUUUAUCACUUAUGAUUCAGAGGAAGCAGUGGAGAAAGUGUUGCUCAAAAACUUUCAUGAUCUCAAUGGUAAAAUGGUUGAGGUCAAGCGAGCUGUUCCCAAGGAGUUAUCUCCGGGACCAAGUCGGAGUCAGUUUGGUGGAUAUAGCCAUGACCUGAGUAGAGUCAGUAGUUUCCUCAAUCCCUACACUCAGGGAUAUAAUCCAAGCUCAAUUGGAGGCUAUGGAAUAAAAAUGGAUGGUAGAUCAAGUCCAGUUACAGUUGCCCGAAGUGGAUAUCCUCCAUUUAGUCCUUCUGAUUAUGGGAUGGGACUGAAUUUUGAGCCAGAAUUGAGUCCAAGCCAUGCAGAAAGUGGGAACUUCAAUCCUCGUCCUUGCUAUGGUCGUGAUUCAAACCCUUCUUAUAGUGGGAAUUCAAACAGGUACGGUAGUCUGGUCGGGUAUGGUACCGGUAGUGGUGGAACUGGUUCUGUUUCAAGUUCUACUAGUUGGAACAUGUGGGGAAAUCAGAGUUCUAGUUAUGCUACAAGGUCUGCAAACUCCAUCGAUUUUAUAAGCUCUGCAAGUGGGAAUUCUGGAUUGAUUGGUGCUUUUGGAAGUCUAGGAGCAAUUUGGGGUUCCUCUCCUAUUACAGGUCAAGGUGGAGGCACUGCUUCAGCCUACAGUAGCGGCAACAUUAGUUUUGGUAGUGCAGACAACAGUUCUCGGUUGAGAGCAGGAGCUUAUGGAAGAAACAGCAGAAGCAGUGCCGUACCAACAACUCAUGUUGCUUCGAGAGAUGCUAUUGAUCAGGCUUUAGGGAACUUGUAUAAAGACUUUACUUGGAGGUCAUCAUCUCCAGAACUAGAAGGCUCUGGUUCUUAUGUUUAUGGGCUUGGGGAUGUCACUAAAGAUGUUAUGACUAAAAUCUCCAAUGCAUAUGCCAAUGGUUGUAUUACCAACAGAUCAAAUAGAGGAAUCGCUACCUAAGAAGAUUAUUAUCUGCGUGUGAGAAGGUUAUUAAAGAAAAAAAUAUCAAGUCAACCAUACCAAGAAGUGUAUAUUAACAUGAUGACAUAUUUUCAGUUUGGAAGUACAUUUGAUAGAGCUUAUUGGAUCACCUGUUUGAUAGAACUUGUCAUAGAGAGCAGUUACAAAGGUUUUCAUGUAAGAUUUGAGCUUGAGUUUUUUGAAUAUAGGCCGUCUUUUUUGAGAUACAAUUGAGAUGUAACGACGUCGGAUAGCAGCAGUAUAUACUGAGGUCACUGUAUAAUGCAUCUCUGGUGACAUGAGGAUACAUAAAAAUUAAUAUAUUUUUCUUUUCAUUUUUGUCA